GGUCCAGGUCCAGCCCGCGGCUCCGGCGGAGUCAGUGCCUAGCAGCAGCAGCAGUCAGGUUAGAGAACAAAAGAGGAAUUCCUGCUGCAUCUAAUCAAAGAGCUGAGGCUUCCAGCAGAGAGAACCCAACCAGGAGCAGGAAUUGAUCACAGAACUGAGCAGCAGAGAAAUCCAUCCAGAGGCUGAUAUGAUGAUGGCCCUGAAAGCUAAGCUCCUGUUUAGCUUCCUCUGCCACAUGGCCUGUACCCUUGUGUAUAGCUACCCCACCGAUCCUGGGACUGAGUUCCGCUCUGCUUUCUCUGUGGCUAGAACCAGCAGCAUGGAAGGGAGCGUUGAGAUGGUCAUCACCUUUGACAAGGUCUAUGUGAACAUUGGCAGUGACUUUGAUCCCAAGGCUGGAUUGUUUAGGUGUCGGAUCCCUGGGGCCUAUUACUUCUCCUUCACGGUUGGGAAAUACCCCAAGAAAAACUUGUCUGUCAUGCUGAUGAGAAACAAGAAUGAGGUGCAAGUGAUUGUGUAUGAUGAGCAUCACCGUAAGGAGCGGAAGGUGGCUAGCCAGAGUGCCAUGCUGCAGCUGGACUAUGGAGAUACAGUCUGGCUGCGUUUACAUGGGGAUCCCAAGUAUGCCCUCUACAGCAAUGUGGGCCCAUACACAACUUUCAAUGGGUAUCUCAUCUAUCCAGAUACUUCUGCCUACUUCCAAAAUGGUGUGAUCUCUCAGGAGCUGGGGGGAGCUGCAGGGCUGCCCCAUCCAGCUAUUCAUCAACUUUCAGGAGAGCAGAACGAAGCCUCAGAGGGACACGUGUUGUCCGAUCAGCCCGCCAGAGAACAAGAUCCUCGCUCUGCAUUUUCUGUUGCUCGUUCACAAAGCCUCCUGGGAACAGAUGAGAAGCAAACCCAGCAUGAGCCAAUAACAUUUGACAUAGAGUUUGUGAACAUUGGAAGGGAUUUCAAUUCCUCAAGUGGCAUCUUCUUGUGCCGCGUGCCAGGCGCAUAUUACUUCUCCUUCACCAUUGGCAAAAUGCCUUUUAAGACCAUGUCAGUGAAACUUAUGAAAAACCACAAUGAGGUCCAGGCCAUGAUCUAUGAUGACAACCACUCCAAGAGGCGGGAGAUGCAGAGCCAGAGCAUUAUGUUACCUCUGCACUACGGAGACACUGUCUGGCUCUACAGCCACCAGCAUGAUGGCUAUGGUGCCUACAGCAACCAUGGCAAGUACAUCACCUUCACAGGAUUCCUUAUCUAUCCGGAGGCUCAGCCAAAGCCACCCCCAAGUCCCAGUUCCCCCACGAGGUCAAAAAUCUAAAUGCAGGUGUGAAAGGAACGUAAGAGAAGCCAAGAUGCAGUGGACUUGGGUGGAGGUCCUGGUUGGACGUCACCCUCUACGUGACAAUGUUAAAGAGCAUGCUAAUGUGUGUCCAGUGCUUUCCUUAUGCUGCAUGCUCAUGUCCUAGCUGCAGGGCCAUUGCUGUUUCUGUCUUUUAUCUGUAGAAUGAUCUUUGCAGGGGGUAGUGUGAGUCCAGUGUUACCGUUCAAUUUAAGCAUAAAGCAUGAGGUAGUUUGGUGGCAGGAGCAGUGAAAUGAGGAGUUGUGAUUCAGGGGGAUGCUGCAGAAAUGCUGGGAGACCUACUGAAGGCAAUCCUACCAGAAAGCACAGCAUCUGGUGACAUUCCUGGCACAUCCAAGGGAGGCCUGGGGGAGGGAAAAUGUAAUUGAAAUGAAUUUAAUAAAAGUAAAAAAAUAAAAUGUGCAGGGUUUGCGGAGACUUGUGUGUAUAGAACUGCCUGCGACACUGAUUCUGGGCAGGAGAGAGGCUCUGAUAUUGUGUGAACUAUUGCAUGUGUUUGUGUUGUGAAGACUGUUAAACAGAGUUAGAUUGUAUGUCACUGUG